AUGGAAAUGUUGGGUUCUUCUCUAAUUGUACCCGGUGGUAGGUUGACAAUUGUAAACCAACCGGUGAAUGUGCCUAAUUUCCAAUUGGAUCUGAGCACCAUCACUCAACUUGAGAGAAGACCUUUCACCAGAAAUGUCAAUGAAGAUGCCAACAAACAUCUGCAAAGAUUCUUGACUAUGAGAACUACUCUCAAGAUUGAUGGGCAUACUGAUGAAGAGAAGAAGUUGCGAAUGUUUCCGUUUACGCUAGCAGAAGAUGCUGAAGAGUGUUUUUAUUCUCUUCUAGCGGGUAGUAUCACUUCUUGGGAAGGAAUAGAGACUGCUUACCUGGAAGAAUAUUUGCAGCAUCUGUGUUUCUGA